AUGGACACAAAGUUUGAUAUGGACGUCAGCGAGACGAAGACGGGCGAGCCCCUAAGAGCCAUCGAUUCCACGGCCGAUAACGUCAACGCUAUCUCCGAUGAAGAUCGCCUGGCGCAGCUUGGACAUGCACAGGAACUCAAGAGGCAGUUCUCGCUGCCGACCCUUGGGGCACUCUGCCUCUGCUUGAUGGCAACAUGGGAAGCACUCUCAACUGUCGUCGCUCAAGCUCUUUUGAGUGGAGGUGCACCUUGCCUCUUCUACAACUAUGUUCUAUCCUUCGUCUGUUCUGUAUGCAUUGCAGCCUCGUUGGGUGAGAUCGCAUCCAUUUACCCGACUGCAGGCGGACAAUACCACUGGGUUGCCGCUCUGUGUCCUCCAAAGACUCGGUCACUUGCAGCGUUCACCACUGGCUGGAUCUCUGUCGGUGGCCUCACAGUAUUUUGCGCAUCAGCUGCAUUCGCCGCAGGGUUACAAACACAAGCUUUGAUUAUAUUGAACGAUGAUUCAUAUGUGCCUCAACGCUGGCAGGGGAUGCUGUUUUACUGGGCAGUUCUUCUCUACUCGUCUGCACUGAACAUCUGGGGCUCAAGGAUGUUGCCCCACGCGAACAUGAUCUCCGGAGUUAUUCACGUCGUGGCAUUUGUUGCAAUUCUCAUUGUGCUCGGAGUCAUGGCUCCGAAGAAUACUUCAUCAUUUGUCUUCACUGAGUUCGUCAACAGCAGUGGAUGGAUCAAUGAUGGGGUAUCAUGGCUUGUAGGGCUCAUCAGUGCGGUGUAUCCAUUUCUUGGAUAUGAUGCAGCCUGUCACAUCGCAGAAGAGAUCCCCAACGCCACUUGGAACGUCCUAAUCGCCAUGGUAGGCAGUGUUGUCGCCAACGGCCUCAUGGGUCUCGUAUAUGUCGUUGUUCUCCUCUUCUCUACGGGAUCUCUCGAAACGCUUUUGGCAACCCCGACGGGGUUUCCCUUCAUGCAGAUAUAUCUCGAUGCCACGAAGUCAAGGGCCGGAGCAACUGUUAUGUCGCUUACCUUGAUCACGGUAGCCAUUGCAGCAACAGUGGGCUGUAUCACGUCUGCUUCUCGCACUCUGUGGGCUUUCGCUCGCGAUAAAGCAGUGCCCUUCAAUGCCUACUUCAGCCAUGUCCACAAGGACCUUCAGGUCCCAGUGAGGGCGAUAGCUGUGGUUACAAUCAUGCAGCUCCUGCUGGGAUUCCUCUAUCUUGGGAACACCACAGCUGUCAGGAUCACUAGAACUAGUUAG